AUGUCCGGUCGAGGCAAACAGGGAGGCAAGGCGCGCGCGAAAGCGAAGUCGCGCUCGUCGCGCGCGGGCCUGCAGUUUCCUGUCGGUCGAGUGCACCGGCUACUCCGAAAAGGUAACUAUUCUGAGCGUGUGGGUGCUGGUGCGCCUGUGUAUCUAGCAGCCGUGCUGGAGUACCUGACGGCUGAGAUCCUGGAGCUGGCGGGCAACGCGGCGCGGGACAACAAGAAGACUCGCAUUAUCCCGCGCCACCUGCAGUUGGCUAUCCGCAACGACGAAGAGCUCAACAAGCUGUUGGGCCGCGUGACCAUCGCGCAGGGCGGCGUCUUGCCCAACAUCCAGGCCGUGUUGCUGCCCAAGAAGACGGAGAGCCACCACAAGGCCAAGGGCAAGUGAGGCCGCGGAGGCGGGCCGGAAACGGCCGUGCGCCCCGGGGGCCCCGUGACACCAAAGGCUCUUUUCAGAGCCACCCAUAUCCUCUAGAAAAGAGCCGCACUGGGCGAGGGCUGUGUCCUUUUGAGUGCGUUCCUGUGCGAACCUGCGCAAGGCAGGGCUCGCGGGAAACCGACCCCGAGGCAUGAUUUGGGUGCGCCUAGGGGCACAGUGGGCUCGUGUUUAUUUUGUGGGGGGAAUGCCGUCUGACCCGCGGCCGUUUUGAGUUUUGCCACCACCAAGCUCAUGGGGUUUCAAUCCCACUCAUCCUGAAGGUGUCUUUGUUAUCACUGGUGACAAGCUACUUUGGUUCUGGAAAGUGUCAUCACUGAGAUUUAGACACCAAAUACGUAGUUUUUUUAUCCCAGGGAAAAUCUGGUAGAUUGAUCUAGUAUUGAAAGUGUUUAAUCUUGAAAGAAACUACCAUUUGAGGUUCUGAUAGGUAAACAUUUCCAUUUUAAAAUGUAUGAA